CGCUACGACGGCAAACGGCAGACGACAGCCAUCAGCCAACAGUCAGAUACAGAUAGCCAGCCAGCCAGCCAGUCAGCCACUCCGGACAUACAUAGGGACAGUCAUUGAUUGAUUGAUUGCUGAAGCCCAAACCCAAACUCAAACUCAAACUCGAAAUCGAAUCGCGGUGCAGCCGUAUCUGUAUCGGCAUCUAACAGCGGAGGGACCCACAAAAGCCAGCCCAACCCAACACAUACCAUAACGCAGCAUCCAACGUCCAGUCGCAGUUGUCAAGCCAUCAAUCAGUCAUUUAGUCAUUGAGUCAGUUCGUCAAUCGACAAGCACUCGUACGCUGGCUGGAGGAUAUCUUUGCGCGGCGCUUUAUAGUAGUUUCAGUUCGCAUUUGGACGCGUGCUGGUGCGGCAUCGCCGAGACAGAGAGUCCGAGAGUUAUAUCGAAUCGUAUUGAAUCCGAAUCAGAAUCACAACCAGAAGCAGAAUCAGAAUCGUGCGCGAUUAAACGUAACAACAAUACAUACGGAGACACACACAGGCACACACGUGUCUGCCGUUCAGUGACAAGCCCCAAAUCGGGAAUAAAUAUAUAUAUUUUAUAUAGAAUAUAUAGAACUCAAGCAGCCAAGGCAUAAUCAAUUCGUCUGGCCCCCCCUCAAAGUUCACAAAAAUUAAAAAACUAUUGUGCAAAGUGCGUCAAGUGCGGAAGAACCCAAAGAAUACCUGCGACAAAUCCACGGAAGUCCAAAAACAAUUAACAAAAUGAAGCUGUUUGCAGUAUUGCUGGCAUUGGCGCUGUAUGCCCUGACGGUGGUGCAGGGCCUCAGUCUGCCCGAUCCCAAUGUGAAGUGCGCCAUGGAUUGUGAUACGCAGGAGUAUGCACCAAUUUGUGCCGCGGAUGACAAGGGCACCACCAGGACCUAUCGCAAUUUGUGUGUAAUGAAGACGGAGAAUUGCCUGCAGAGUGCAAGCUUCCAGAAGAUCAGCGACAAAGAGUGUCCGUAGGAGCAGCUAUAGUCCAGCAGGAUGAACUUAAACAUGAGAAUGCUGGAGGGACGCUUCUUUCUGGCGUGGUAUUUGUGUGUGAUAUUUUUAAGUUGUACUUCAGCGGAAUACAGAACACGCCCCCGAACGUAAUGCAUAACUAUACCGUAUUCUAUAAUUAUUAAUUUUAAAUAUUAAAUAAAGUAAUCUAAAUACGCACCUUAA